UUUGACUGUGGCUGUGAGACUGUGAGCGACUUGGAGAGGAGAAAAUGGACAGAAGAAAGGAACUUGAAGUAGCCUGGUUGAUCCACCGUUUCCCAAGACCUCUCAUUUUUAUAAAUCAGAGAAUGGGAAUUGAUCAAACAGCUCAAAUCUUUGUGUGGAAAACAUGGAGCCUCCUUGGAUGACAUGGUCUUGGAUUUCAUUGGUCUUGAUUGUUCAGCUUCGUGGGUAUUGGGGAUGCAUGGAAGAGGAGAGAAUGGCUCUUUUAGAAUUCAAGUCUUCUUUCAAUGCGACUGGUUAUAUUGGUGGUGAUUUUCUUCCAUCUUGGAUUGAUGAUAAAGGAAGUAAUUGCUGUACUUGGGAGGGAGUCAUAUGUAGCCCUACUACUGGACGAAUCACUCAGCUCUUCCUCAAUGAUCUAAGGAACAUGAAUCUUGGUCCAACUCCCUGGCAUCUGAAUACCACCCUGUUUCUUCCUUUUGAAGAGCUCCUACAUCUGGAUUUAUCUGGUAUAUUUAAUGGUUGCUUCAGGAAUGAAGGCGUCAGAGGAAGAGUGGCUGGACUAAAGAAGCUACAAGUCUUAAAUUUGAGUGAUAAUCAAUUGAACAACAGCAUCCUGCCAUUUUUGGGUGCUCUCACAUCCCUGGAGACUCUCUCUCUUCGCUCUAAUGAGUUGGAAGGUUCCUUUCCUCUCCAAGAGUUAGUCCAGUUGAGGAACUUGAAAAUUUUGGAUUUAAAUGAAAAUCGACUCAAUGGCUCCCUACCCAUUCAAGGUUACGAGAGAUUGAUCAAGCUAAAGCGUUUGGAUUUAAGUCGAAAUCAUUUCGACAAAAGCAUCCUAAAGUUUUUAGGUGCAUUACCAUCCCUCAAUACCUUAUCUCUGGAAAACAAUGGCAUGGAGGGAUCACUAUCUGCCCACGAGCUAGCCAACCUGAGCAAUUUAGUGGUUCUUAAUUUGAGUGGGAACCAACUUAAUGGCACGCUGCCCAUCCAAGGGUUGGUCGCACUUAGAAAGUUGGAGAUUCUUGAUCUGAGUUAUAACUCAUUCACUUGGAGUAUCCCGCCAUCAAUAGGGAAUCUUUCCAGUCUUAAGGCUUUAUCUUUUGCAUACAAUAGACUUAAUGGCUCCCUCCCCAUCCAAGGUCUGUGUAAACUGAAGAGCCUCCAAGAGUUGGUUCUUGGUGGAAAUAGCUUCGAAGGAGUCAUUCCUUCAUGUCUAAGCAAUUUGACAUCUCUUAGAAUGUUAGAUCUUUCUGAGAAUCAAUUAAGAGGGAGCAUUCCUUCCUCUCUAAUAACUAGCCUUACAUCCCUCGAGUAUAUAUCUCUAGAAAAUAAUAAUUUCGAAGGUGCAUUUUGGUUUGGCUCAUUUGCUAAUAGCUCCAGACUUGAAGUGGUUAAACUAUCGAGUGGUGGCAACAAAUUGGAGGUGCAAACUGAAUAUCCAUCUUGGGUUCCAUCUUUUCAGUUGAAGGUUCUUGUUUUGACAAACUGCAACCUAAAUAAGCCCGCAGGAAUUAUUCCGAAAUUUCUCUCUCUACAGUAUGACUUGAGAGAAAUUGAUCUCUCGCACAACAGUCUAAGGGGAAAUCUUCCUUCUUGGUUGCUUCAUAACAAGACAAAGUUAGAACUUCUAAAUGUGCAAAACAAUUCAUUAACAGGCCACCUCAAUCUAACUUCAAGACUUUCUCUGAAUAUUUCAUGGUUAUUUAUCUCUGAAAAUCAUUUUCAUGGUCAACUUCCAGCUAAUAUUGGUGAGGUUCUUCCGAACUUGGAAGUUCUACAUGCCUCACAAAAUAAUUUUGAAGGAAGUAUUCCAUCAUCAAUUGGAGAGAUGAGAAAUUUAUUCACCUUGGAUUUGUCCAACAAUAAUUUUUCAGGGGAAAUACCAGAGCAGUUGGCCAUAGGCUGUCAGUCAUUGGUUUCUUUGAAGCUAUCAAACAACAAAUUACAGGGCCAAAUAUUCCCCAAUCUCUCUAAUCUGACCAAUUUGGUGAGGUUAGAUUUGGAUAGCAAUCACUUCUCUGGAAAUGCCAUAAAUGGAGUAUACCAGAACUUUCUACUUGGAAGCCUUGAUAUAAGCAACAACUACAUAUCAGGUAGGAUUCCAAGUUGGAUUGGAAACCUUACAGGUUUGGAUAUACUUGUCAUGAGUGAUAAUCUUUUCGAAGGCCACAUCCCAACAGAAUUGGGUAGUCUAAAGCUACUUUCCGUUUUAGAUCUUUCUGGUAACUUUCUUUCUGGCCCCAUUCCAUUAUCAUCGGAUUUAUCAGUUUUAAGAUUUAUUCAUUUGGGAAGAAAUCGAUUUAAAGGAUCACUACCAAUUGGUCUACUCAACAGCUCCUCAUCUCUACUUACAUUGGACAUUGGGAAUAACAACUUGUCUGGACAAAUUCCAAAUUGGAUUGGCGAGUUUUCUGAGCUAAGAAUUCUUUUGUUAAAGGGGAAUAAUUUGCAGGGUCCAAUUCCUCGUCAGUUGUGUCAAUUGAAGCAGACAAGGAUUAUGGAUCUUUCAAAUAACACCUUUUCUGGGUCAAUACCUAAAUGCUUCAGUAACAUCCCAUUCGGGAGGUCAGAAUUAAGUGAAUUCAUGUUUGACCCAAUUGCUACUGGGACUGCAUAUUUUUUGCAGCCGUAUAAAUAUGGAAGUUUUGUAGAAGGAACCAGAGAUGGCAAUGGUGUAGAGAUCAGUUACAAGACACAAGAAGAAGUAGAGUUCAUGACAAAGCGCAGGUCUAACUCUUAUGAGGAUAGCAUUCUUAAUUUUAUGUCUGGAUUGGAUCUGUCAUUCAAUCACUUAACAGGUGACGUCCCACCUGAGAUGGGAAACCUAAAUGAAAUUCUUGCUUUAAACUUAUCACACAAUCAACUUUCUGGAUCAAUCCCGAAAUCCUUCUCCAAUUUGACGAAAGUAGAGAGCUUAGACCUUUCCCACAACAACUUGAGCGGACAGAUUCCUUCAGAGCUGACAGAGCUAUCAUUUUUGGCAAUCUUCUCCGUGGCUUACAACAAUUUAUCGGGUAAGACCCCAGACAUGAAGGCACAAUUUGCAACAUUUGACAUCGGCUGCUAUGAGGGAAACCUUUUUCUCUGUGGGCCUCCAUUACUAAAGAGCUGCACCACAGGUGUAGAAUCAAAGGUUGCUCCAGCAACAUAUUUGGAUGAUGGCAUGGACUUGGUCUCUUUCCAUGCAAGCUUUGCAGUUUCGUACAUCAUGUGCCUAUUGGUUCUCGCAUUUAUUCUCUACAUCAAUCCUUACUGGCGCAAAAUCUGGUUUGGACUCAUUGAAGCAGCUAGGAAAGCUCGUUAAGGCAACUUGUUUGAUUGUAAUUUCUUAUGCGCUCCAGUUUUGGGAUAUAUACACUUGAAAGAUGGCAUAAGCAACCCAACCAUACUUGAUUGGAAUUGAGAAGAGAAGGCUCAAAAAUCUCAAAGUAAGCCACUGGGCUGGAUCUAGGACUAGGAUUCAUUUGUUGCUUCCACAACUCCAGAGAGGAUACUUAUUUGAUGGUGGUUCAACAUCUUUUCUAAUACUUGGGACACAUGGCGAUUGAAGGAAGGCCAUGCACCUUAUUGCAGGUUGCAGCUAUGAUGAGGGCACCCCCAUUGUUUGUUGGGCCAAACGUCCAUGCAAUUUGUGACCCAUAAUAACAGUAGCACAGUAAAGUCACAAUCUGAACAGAUCAACAGACUGGGUUAAUUAUAUACAGGUCUCAGGCCCACAAGGCCACAUCUUGCACAAAGUGAGAAGUGAGAAGUUUGAAAUUGUGAUCACAUCACCCAAUCCAGAUUCCAUAUCCCCCAUGCAUGUAAUGCGCAUCAGCGCAUGGUAAAUCUACCAAGAAAAAGACUAUCAAAGCCCAGUCUAUCUUCCUUUGUAGAUUAAACAGACUAUCACGAUAUUUUCUUUCAACACUAUUAGGAACAGAAAUAACAAAAACACAACAGAAUGGAGAAGGCAACACUUGCUGAGCAGUGAGCACAAUACGCAAUCGGUGUGUGAAGUUUGUCUCGAAACUAUGCUCAAUUGAGCCUUUGUCUACUUGUUUGUUUUGGAUAUAUAAUUAGGCAUUUGGAAAGCCAAGGGUCUGACUCCAUCAAAACUCUUACUAAUGCAUCCUAAUUUGACAGCUCGUUAAAGAUGGAGAGGCUGCGGACAAACUGGAGAAUGUUUUAUUUUCCUAUUAAAUAGAGUUUGCCAAAGAAUUUUGGCUCUGUUCGGUGUAAUAGUCAUUGCCAGGCCUUAUCUUACUGAGCCAUGGUAGCGCCAGCUCCAUUUUGUCACCAAUUGUUGAGCUCCAACCUGAUUUUUGCCCAAUGAAACCUUGUGUUGUGUGGUCUUUACUGUUUAAUAGAGAUGGGCUCACCCAAAUGGUCAACCAACGUCCCAAUUUCCAGUUCCACCAUUUAAACCUCAAAUUUUCCAAUGGCCGCCCCGUAGUUGAGUUGGCUCUUCGUGGUUUGGCCAUUAGGCCUCAUGUGCGUGCUGCCCUGUCACUGUUUAACAAUCCAAAAUUGUUAGAUGCCAAGAAUAUCCUCAAAUACCCCUCUAUCACUGUUUAACAAUCCAGUAGCAGCUAGGGUUUCAGCACCAAUCACCCAGUAGUUGAGAUGGUCACUUGGCACCCAUCUAACUGGAAGGUGCAGAAUCAAACCCAUGGAACAACAGGCUCUCCAUGGUAUUUAUUGCCAGUGGGCCAGGCUUCACAUGCAUCCUAGUCCCCACCACCAACUCAUCUGUAGUUUGUUAUGUGUAGUGUGUAUCUC